CCUGUGUCUGUAGUGAUAUUGAUACGAUUUUAAACAGGAAGUUUGAAGGUGUAAACAUCUCAUCAAAAGUGUGUGCAAGAAGUUUAUCUUCCAAGCCCUAUGUGACCCUUUGCUCAGGGCUGAGAACUCCUCUGCCACAGGCGUGCAGCUCUGGGCGGCCUGGGGAAGAAACAGCCUGCAGAAGCCUCUGGGCCUGGGACCAUCUACUGCUUCUGUUUCCAGCGGGAGCCCCAGUGUGGAGACCUGAGAAAAGAUGGCGCUAGAACUCCUGGAACGCUUUCCUCUCCUCCUAUUGCUGCUGGGACUAUGGGGGCCAGUGUGUGCACUUUGUGCUUUGCCCCGGAAUCUCACCAAAGCAAAGUGGUUUGAAAUUCAGCAUAUACAGCCAAGCCCUCUCCAAUGCAACAAGGCAAUGAAUGGUGUCAAUAAGUAUACUCAGCACUGUAAGCCUCUAAACACCUUUCUGCAUGACUCCUUACAGAAUGUGACUGCUGCCUGUAAGAUGCCCACGACUGUCUGCAAGAAUGGCCAGAACAAUUGCCACCAGAGCUCAAAGCCUGUUACCAUGACCAACUGCAAUCUCACUGGAGGGAAGUAUCCUAACUGCCGCUACAAAGAUGCUGCCCAAUACAAGUUCUUUGUCAUUGCCUGUGACCCCCCUCAGAAGACAGAUCCUCCUUAUAAGUUGGUUCCUGUACACUUAGAUAAGACUAUUUAAAGUUAUCACUUUUCCUCUCACUUGGUACAGGUUCUCUUAUGAGCUCUUCUGCCUUUUCUUUUGUUGGUUUUCUUGGUUCCCACAGAAGAAAAAGGAAGCUAUUGGGAGAAUUAAAGGGUCAAGGACACCCGACCCGAUUGGGACAAACAGAAAAAAAUUCGUUUCUGCUUUGGAGCUCUGUGUGUUUCAAAGGAAGGCAAUACGAAAGAGGGCAAAGAAGGGUCCAGACCUCCGUAUUUCUAACUUGGAACUUCAGCGAAGCUUUGUUGCACUGCAUUAACAGCAAUAAAACCACUUUCUGCUGCAUUUUAAUGUGUUUGAGAACCCGUUUGUUACCAGAAGAGGACUGGUACCAAGGCUGGUCUGCCCUGGCACGGUUAGGAAAUGAAAUGGGCACCUCUGUGGUGUCAUGGGAAAAGGACUUCCGGUACACUCACGUAGAAGGAGUUUAGUGAUAGAGGCAAGAUUUAUUAGAGCGAGUGACAAGUGACAGUACACUCUGAGAGGCCAAGACAGCAGUCAGGCUGCAGGGUAGCAGCUGCCUGGACUCAGGAAAGGAAGUUACAGAGGCAAAAGGAGGGUCUUCUGCUGCUGCUCGCUGCUCCCGUGUUGUGGGGACCCUUAGAGUUUAGGAGGAAAGAAGGCAAAUAUUCGGGCCUGAAAGAAGGAAGGGCACAGGCGGGCUCCAGGAGGGCGUGUGCUGUGUUCUUUGUCUAGUUUCCAUACAUGUUCUUGGGUUUGGGGGAGAGCAGGUUUCUUUCAGACCACCCACUCCCUGGCUUUUCCCAGGCUUGUGCUAGUGCCAUCCCGCUAUCCACUCUUUUUUGUAAUCUCCAGGCCCUGUGCCUUUCUCCAAUCCAAUCCUUUCCCCAGAUUUUUCCAGGCUAUUGCCCUCCCCGCUGUAUGGUUGCCAUUUGGCUCCUAGCACACAUGCCUCGCUAUUCUGUUUUGUCACUUGGCUUCUACUGCGCUUGCACCAUGUAGGAGAAAUUCCCCCUUGUAGCUUUCUCCCUUCCCUCAUUAAUGUAGCAAAAUGAUGCAGUUAACCUUCUGGGUGGCUGUAAAGCUAUCCUUGCUGCCUAGUCAACUAAGCAGGAUGUUUUGCUGUGUUUGGAAGAAUGAUGGAUACUCCCCAGGGUGAUUGUUCCAUUCGUUCCCCUGUCUUUUGUUAUUAUCUAACUAACUGCUACUCCAAUACUUCCACACCACUGCCAGCCUAGGGAGACCUGGCUUGCAUUUGCCAGUUUUCCAAGGAGAACAAUGUUAGCCCUAGGUGUAGGGGAAGAAAAUACGUUUUUCUCUAUUCUUACAGGUUCUUGGCUGAGAACCCUAUGUAUAGAAGACAGAUUAAUAAGAGAAAACCAUGUUUAUUACAUGGGUACAUGUGGGAGCCCCACAACAUAUGGGACACAAGAGGGGGCAAAGCAUUGCGCCUUAUAUACCAUCCUGAGCUAGGGAACUGGAUACAGGUGGGGCAACAAGGGGUGGAAAGUAAUUCACAGGAAGAUGAAGAGUAAAUGUUUGGCAAACAAAGGUUGCCCUGCCAUGAAGAUAAGUCUCUCCAAAGAAAAAGCGAUCUCUGAUAAUAACUUUCUUCCUGAUAGAGGCACUCUUUUAAUGUAAAUUUUC